AUGGGUGAUGAUGGAAGACAAUUUCAAGAAUUUCGAGCACGACGUGUUGAUGGUACAAGUCCUGAUGGUCUGGAAGAUGCUGCUGCACAAAGUCGUCUUACACAUGAUCGAAUGUCAGCAGAAGAAUCUCGUUUAUUUCCAGAAAUUUGUAAAGGUGAUAUUAAACGACACAAAGCAUUCUUAAUUAUUCGUAAUAAUAUUCUUCGAAUGUGGUUUGAUGAACCUCGUAUUCAACUGACAUUGGAAAAAAUCAUGGAAAAAUUGAAUCAAGUUGAACCACAAUAUGCUACAGAUGAACGAAUACUUGCUGGAAAAAUUUUUCUCUAUCUUGAACGUUAUGGUUAUAUUAAUUUUGGAGUAUUUAAACGAUUAACAACACCACUUGGAAGUAAAAAAGAUAAACCACGAAUUAUUGUAAUUGGUGCUGGUAUUGCUGGAAUAAUUGCUGCACGACAAUUACAAUAUUUCGGAUUUGAAACAAUUAUUCUUGAAGGACGCAGUCGAGUCGGUGGUCGAAUAGCAACAUUUCGUAAAAAUGGUUUUAUAGCUGAUCUUGGUGCUAUGGUAGUCACCGGAUUAGGUGGUAAUCCAGUAUCUGUAUUACAAGCACAAACAAAUUUAGAUCUUGUACCAGUUAAACAUAAAUGUCCAAUGUAUGAAUGUUCACAGAAUGUGGUACCAAAAGCAAAAGAUGAAGUUGUUGAACGAGAAUUUAAUCGUUUACUUGAAGCAUGUUCUUAUGUAGCUCAAACACUUGAUGAAGAUGUUGAUGAAAAAAAACAACCAUAUUCAUUAGGUGAUGUUCUUGAACAAUUAAUUCGUGCACAAGAAAAAGCUGUACGAGAAAAAUAUCUUCAACAUUUACGUGAAAUAUCUAAAAUGAAAGAAUCACUACGAACAAUUUUAACAAAAAUGUGUGAUGUUCGAACAAAAUGUGUUAAUUUACAUAAAGAAUAUUCAGAUGUUUUACAAGUACCCGAUAAUGGAAAUGUACUUGAAGAAUUUAUUAUACGUGAUGUGGCUAAAAAUUUAGUUGUAGCUACCGAGGAAUAUGCUCGUUUUGAAGCACAAGCUGGACAAUUAAAAGAACAAAUUCGUCUAGCUGAAGAUAAUCCACCACCUCGUCUCUAUCUAAGUGUUGCUGAUCGUCGUAUUCUUGAUUGGCAUAUGGCUAAUUUAGAAUUUGCUAAUGCAGCACCAUUAAAUUGUUUAUCAUUGAAAUAUUGGGAUCAAGAUGAUGAAUAUGAAUUUACUGGUUGUCAUCUAACUGUACGUAAUGGUUACUCUAUUCUACCUUUGGCUCUUUGUGAAAAUCAAAAUAUACGACUUAAACGAAUAGUUAAAAAAAUUUCCUAUAAUAAAACAGGUAUUGAAGUUAGUGUUGAAAAUGGUGAAGAUGCAAAAAAUGAAAUGAUUGAAACAUAUCGAGCUGAAGCAGUACUUAUUACUGUACCAUUAGGUGUAUUAAAAGAAAAUGUUAUUAUAUUUGAUCCACCAUUACCUGAAGAUAAACAAUCAGCAAUUGAUCGAGUUGGUUUUGGAAAUUUGAAUAAAGUUGUAUUAUGUUUUGAUAAAAUAUUUUGGGAUGCAAAUCAUACAUUAUUUGCUCAUGUUAAUGCUUCAACAUCAUCACGUGGAGAAUUAUUUCUUUUUUGGUGUUUUACCAAACCACCUGUACUCAUUGCUUUAGUUGCUGGUGAUGCUGCUAAUGUUGUUGAAUGUGCAACUGAUGAUGUUAUUAUUGGUCGUACACUUGUUGUUUUAAGAAAUAUUUUUGGUUCAGUUACUGUUCCUUCACCAAAAGAAUCUUUAGUCACUCGAUGGAAAUCAGAUCCAUUUGCACGUGGUUCUUAUUCAUAUGUUGCUGUUGGCGCUACAGGUGAUGAUUAUGAUACAUUAGCUCGUCCAAUUGAAUGUCCUGGUGAUAAAAUUUCACGUGUAUACUUUGCUGGUGAACAUACAAAUCGAAAUUAUCCAGCAACAGUUCAUGGUUCUUUAUUAAGUGGCUUACGUGAAGCGCGACGUAUAGCUGAUGCUUUUCUUGGUUCGAUAUAUGAAAUUUCGGCACCUUAA